AUGAACCAAGCUUCCAAUGAGAAAGUCCUGAAUGAUUUGACGGAAACCUUGCGCAUUUACGCGAGAGAGAACCGAGACCUUGCCAGACUCAUCUACCGUUUCUUCGAAGAGAUAGAUGCCAUCUGGAAGGUACUCGGAAAGGACAGAACAUGCAACACCGUAAUUCGUGAGCACCAAAUUGAAGAAGGAAUUUUCGAGGAAGAAGAGGAACACGAAGAAGAAGAGGAAGAAGAAGAGAAACACGAAGAAAAGGAAGUUUGGGCAACCCUUGUUGCCGAUGACAGUUAUGAAAUUUCCCAACCCUACCCAUACAAAAUCCGCAACAAGGAGACCGGCAAGGUUCUUACCCCAGUCCUCAACAACUUGGGACACUUGACCCUUACCCUUCGAAAUUACGGUACAAUUUCCAUGGGAAGGCUUGUCGGUAUGCAAUGGGUUCCAAAUCCAAACAAGAAGACGAAGGUCAGACACAUUGACGGUGACAAGCUCAACAACCGUAAGGAGAACCUCGAGUGGUUCUAA